UCCCGGCCUGGGCAGGCAGGAGAAUACCCUUGAACUCAGGGGACCUCUGGACCCACAAUAUGGACAGUGGACACCUGGGUCUGAGUCCGAGGACAGCGAUAGAAGGUGCACCGGGCAUGAUGCAGCAGCCGCAAGUGGAGACAGAUGCCAUCGGGGCCGGCGAGGGGCCGCAGCGGGCACUGCCCUGGUCGGCCUGGGUCACGCGGCAGGGCUGGCUGCGCUGGUGCAUGUGCCGUGUGCCUCAGAGAUGGGCCCAGUGGUGGACCACAUCGGGCUGGCGGCAACCCCUUCAGCGUGUGCUGUGGGGUCUGGAGGGGAUCCUCUACCUGCUGCUGUCGCUGAUGCUGUGCCACGCGCUCUUCACCACUGGCUCCUACCUGCUGAGCUCCCUGUGGCCUGUCGCGGCCGCCGCGUGGCGCCACCUGCUGCCAGCUCUUCUGCUGCUGGUGCUCAGCGCCCUCCCAGCCGUGCUCUUCACCGCCUCCUUCCUGCUGCUUUUCUCCACGCUGCUGAGCCUCCUGGGCCUGCUCACCUCCAUGUCUCACGCAGACUUCGCCCAGGACUUGGACCAAUAGAAGGGCAACCCCA